AUGACAGAUCUACAUGAAGGUACCUUUGGAACCCAUUCCAAUGGACAUACCAUGGCUAAGAAGAUCCUACGGGCAGGAUACUACUGGUUCACUAUGGAAGCAGAUUGUUAUCAGCAUUCCCGAACAUGCCAUAAGUGCCAAAUUUAUGUUGAUAAGGUGCAUGUGCCUCUGGUUCCUUUGAAUGUUUUGACAGCUCCGUGUCCCUUUGCAAUGUGGGGCAUCAACAUGAUCGAUGAAAUCAGGCCUACAGCUUCUAAUGGACAUCGGUUCAUCCUGGUAGCAAUCGAUUACUUCACGAAAUGGGUUGAGGCUGCCUCCUUUUCUACCGUUACCAAGAACGUCGUGGUGCAGUUUAUCCAACAUAAUCUGAUUUGUCGAUAUGGUGUGCCAGAAAGAGUUAUUAUUGGCAAUGGUAUAAAUCUCAACAACACGAUGAUCACCGAGCUCUAUAAAAAAUUCAAGAUACAACAUCAUAACUCUUCUCCCUACCGGCCGAAGAUGAAUGGCAUUGUUGAAGCGGCUAACAAGAAUAUCAAAAAUAUUAUACAGAAGAUAACGGUGACAUACAAAGAUUGGCAUGAGAUGUUACCAUUCGCUCUUCAUGGGUACCGUACCUCAGCACAGACGUCGACAGGGGAAACACCCUACUCUCUGGUAUAUGGCAUGGAGGCAGUCAUACCUGUAGCGGUGAAAAUCGGAGAUCAAGCUAUUAAUUAA